UAACCUCUCGCGCGAGGGUCCCCGGUCAGACGCACGCACCUGUUGGAGCGGAGCCCACGUGCCACUCUGGAGAGCCGCGCGCCUCCGGAGCGCGCACGAGGCGGCAGUUUUUAAAGCGGCACGCGCCGGGACAGUGGAGUGAUGUCACACGGAGAACAGAGCCUCGCGCCCCGCGGGCCCCACGAGCCCCGCGGGCCCCACGAGCCCCGCGGACCCCGCGGACCUCGCGCGCCCCACGGACAACGGGCUCCCGGAGUCUGACGAGGAGCUGGACGCGGAGCAGGACGCGGCGCGCAUGCGCUUCAUGAGGGACCGACGCAGGGCGCGCUCGCUGCCCGCGUGCACGGCGUCGCUGCUCGGGGACGGCGGCGCACGGAAGCGCGUGCAGUUCGCGGACACGCUGGGACUGAGCCUCGCGGACGUGAAACACUUCAACACCACGGACGAGCCGCUCGUGCCGCACGCGGUGCUCUCGCGCCACCGGAGGUUCCAGGCGCCCGCGCCGCAGACGCACGCGCAGCCCGUGCUCCUGCCGUGUUUCCCGGAGCCCGCGGACGCGCAGCGGAGAGCGCGCGAGCAGCGCGUGGCCCUGGAGAAAGUGCACGUGACGCAGUUCGAGGUGCGCGGACAGGUGCUCACGCGCACGGAGGACGCGCGUGCGUUGGUCUUCAUCAGAUACACCUUCAACGAGUGGCUGUCCCACGUGGACGCGCCUGCCGUGCGCGUGCCCAACGGCCGCUUCACUUUCUCCGUGCUCGUGCCGCCGCUGUGGAGCGCGAGCGCGGUGCACUUCGCGCUGGGCCUGCGCAGCGCGGAGGGAGAAUUCUGGGACAAUAACGAAGGACGGAACUUCAGCUUCCGGUACGGGUACGGCCGCCCGCACGCGCACGCGCUCAGAGACACCUGAGGCGCGUGCACAGCUGAAAGAAAAACAACGAGCGCCCACAGCCGCGUGCGUCAUGACGCACGCGUCUGCUCCACCGGCGCAUUACGCGCGCUCUGUGGACGGAUCAGAAAUAAAAAUGUGAAAUAAACUUUGAGAAUUUAACAAA